AUGUGCCCUGAAAUGUGUGAUGUGCCUGGAGUGCUGUGCCCUGCCAUGUGGUUGCUUCUGCUGGCUUUGCAUCAAUUCAUCUUGCCAGUUCCAUGUGCUGCCGUUUCACAGUUGGUCAGGUCGCCAGUGCUUGCCAUGCUUGCCAUCUUGCGAGUGGAUUUGUAUCCUGUUCUUUGUGUUGCACGGACAGCAUCUUCGUUCCAUGUUGUGUUGCAACUUUACCUCGCCUGCAGCUUUAUGUGUCGACUGCAUGUGCUCUUACAACUAGCACCUGGUAAUGCUGCGUGCUCAGAUCUUGCUGCUAACCUGUCGAAAUGCGAGGAACAUACUCAGUGA